GAGACACCUGCCCGGACCCCACACCAUUCAUCCCCUGCUUCUUUGAUCAAAUUCAACACGAGGAAUAAUGCCCCCCAUCUCCUCUCCCUCACAUAUAAAUGCUGGCCCUCGCAGCUCCUUCCUACUGCCUCUGUACUCGGGAAAUCAAGAGCCUCGCUUCUGGGACAGCAGCCAAGAAACCAGCAAGCUUGAGACGAUAUCAUUUUGAUUUGCCAUGGCCACUUUGGACGAUAAGAGAACGCCGAUGGCCCACGACGAAGAUGUCGAAACCGGUCGUCCAAUUAUAGAGAUCGUGGACAAGAAACAUGGCGACCGAGCUCUUUCGAUUGUCGGAACUGAUCGAGUCGACCUCACUGAAGAAGACAACAAACGAAUCAGAAGAAAAACCGACCGUGUGAUACUUGUCGUCCUCGUCUGGAUUUAUUUCCUUCAAAUCCUCGACAAAUCUGUGCUCGGCUACGGCGCCCUCUUCGGCCUGCAGAAAGACACCCAUCUCACAGGGAACCAGUACUCACUGGUGGGAUCUAUUGCUCCCAUCGCACAACUCGCCUGGCAACCGUUCUCCUCCUUCCUGAUCGUCAAAGUCCCGCACCGGAUCUUGAUGCCGACUCUUUGCCUCGGAUGGGGCAUCGCCCAGGCUUCAAUGGCCGCGUGUCACAGUUUCAGCUCAUUGAUGGCUGCACGAUUCUUCCUUGGCCUCUUCGAGGGCGGCUGUCUGCCAUUGUUCAGCGUCAUCACCAGUCAGUGGUAUCGCCGAGCUGAGCAACCCAUUCGAGUCGCAGCUUGGUAUGGUACAAAUGGUAUCGCCACGAUCGCGGCGGCAGCACUCUCUUACGGCUUGGGAAAAAUCAAAUCCGACGUACUGGCAGAAUGGCAAAUCAUUUUCCUCUUUGUCGGCCUCAUCACCAUCAUCUCCGCACCGUUUGCUUGGUGGUUCCUCGACAACGACAUCCCCUCUGCCCGGUUCUUGACGGAGCACGAGAAGGCACAAGCCAUCGAACGCCUACGGGCUAAUCAGACGGGCACUGGCAACCGAGAAUACAAAUGGUCUCACAUUCUCGAACUUGCUCUUGAACCCAAGACCUAUCUCUGGAUUGGAAUGUCACUCCUCCUCAACGUCGGUGCGAGCGUGACCAAUACAUUCGGUCCCCUGAUCCUCUCGGGCGUCGGCUUCGACAAAUAUAAGACGUCUCUACUCAACAUGCCGUUCGGAGCCAUGCAAUUCAUCGUCAUUCUCUUGGCCUCGUAUGCCGCACAAAAAGCCAAGCUCAAAUCUGCCAUCCUUGCUUCGCUGAUGCUUCCGGUCAUCGCUGGUCUUGCAGUUCUUUACUGUUUGCCUCGCACCUCGAGUGCAACGGCAGGCCUGCUCGUUGCCUACUAUCUACUCGCGUUUCUCUUUGGCGGGAAUCCUCUGAUCGUUUCAUGGAUCGUUGGCAACACCGGCGGCAGCACCAAGAAAUCCGUCAUCAUGUCGCUUUACAACGCUGGCUCAUCUUCAGGCAACAUCAUCGGUCCGUUGUUGUUCAACAAGAAAGACGCCCCAGCAUACCAUCCCGGUCUGCGCAGCACGCUGGCGAUUUUCGUCACUCUUUUCGCCGUCGUCAUUAUCCAGUUGGGCAAUCUGAUGUUCCUGAACAAAUUGCAUGCCCGGAAGCGGGUGAAGAAUGGAAAGCCUGCCAAUAUCAAGGAUCAUUCGAUGGAGGACAAGUAUGUUGCUAUGGACGAGGCAGAUGGCGGGCGGAGAUUGGGUGACAAGGCAUUCCUGGAUUUGACCGAUCGCAAGAACGACGAGUUCAUGUAUAUUUACUGAUGGAUGGCGGCGUGGACACAAAUCCGAGCCAACUCGCCGAGGUUGCUGACAGAGUCAAGCCUGGCUGAGAUGCGGCGUUACCUCGAUGAAUCAAGUAUAUAAUAUACUAUACCC